CAGGAGCAGCUGAGCGGGUGCGCGUCUGCGAGCUAGCGAGCCCAGCGGAGCCCCGAGGCAGAGCGCGGCGGCGACGGCGGCAGCAAGGCCGGCUCGUUCCGGGGGAGAAUAAAGAGGCGCCGGGCCUGGCUACGCUGCUGCGAGGUCGGGGAGAGCAGAGGCAGGAGAAAGGAGCAGGAUGCUGGCGCUCUUCACCAAGCUGCUGGACUGGUUCCGGGCGCUCUUCUGGAAGGAGGAGAUGGAGCUCACCUUGGUGGGGCUGCAGUACUCGGGCAAGACCACCUUCGUCAACGUGAUCGCGUCGGGGCAGUUCAAUGAAGAUAUGAUCCCAACAGUGGGCUUCAACAUGAGGAAGAUCACCAAGGGAAAUGUUACUAUAAAGCUCUGGGAUAUUGGGGGCCAGCCUCGUUUUCGUAGCAUGUGGGAGCGGUACUGCCGUGGAGUCAGUGCCAUAGUAUACAUGGUAGAUGCUGCAGACCAGGAGAAGAUUGAAGCCUCAAAGAACGAACUUCACAACCUGCUUGAUAAGCCACAGCUCCAGGGUAUCCCUGUCCUUGUUCUUGGGAACAAGCGAGAUCUGCCUGGUGCCUUGGAUGAGAAGGAGCUCAUUGAGAAGAUGAACCUGUCUGCCAUCCAGGACCGAGAGAUCUGUUGCUAUUCAAUCUCUUGCAAAGAAAAGGACAACAUUGACAUCACCCUACAGUGGCUUAUUCAGCACUCAAAAUCCCGGCGAAGCUGAGAGCCCUUUGGCCAGGUCUUGGAUCGGGAAGAUGCCAUUGUAAAAGCCCAAACGCACCUCCUCCUUUCUCUUCCCCCAUCUCCUGCUCUUUCCAACCCUCUCGCCCACCUCCCUCUCCCUAGAUGGGUAUUUUUAGGGGACCCCAGAUUCCUCUUCUGCUGAGAUUGAACUCCUGUUUUUAUUGUAAAGAAACUGUCUGCCUCCUCCCCCUCCCCCCCUUGCUCCUUACUCUGGUUUUGGCACUGUUCUGUUGUCGUCGGUGUGUGUACAGUAUAUAUAUAUAUAUGUAUAUAUAUUUUAAUUUUUUAAUUUAAGCAAUUUUGCUGUUAUUAAAUGGGGCCUGUGAGCUGUCGCAGGGGGCGGUGCGGGUGGGGCAGCAGCAAAUGGAUGGGGUGGGGAAAGUACCAAACGCAGUAUUGGGAAUGUUAUGAGCAGUCAGGGGCAGAUGGAAUCUUGCUGGAGGGGACCCUGGCUUUGGGCAGUAUCUUCCCCCAAGAGACCUCCUCCUUUCCCACCUCAAGCCCCUCCCUUCUCCUUCUGCAACAGGAUCCAGGGGGUCUCUCCUCUCUCUGCUGCCCCAAGCUGCUCAGCACUAUGGUUAGGGGAUGAGCCCCUGGGAAAGGUUCAUAGAGCAGUAUUGUUCAUGGUCUGAGACUCUAGAGGAGAGUUGGUGUGCCAUCUCUUCCCCCUGCCCAGUGUCCACUGAGCCCUGGGGAGCAAAUGCUUCCCAGUGGAGAGAUGUCGAAUCUUCUGUACAUGAGCUUUGACUCCUGCUCAGCUUGCUCCCCAACCCCAGUACCAUCUCCCUCUGCACCCUGCCUGAUGAACUGGCAUGUCUGGUGGAAGCUGGGCACUCACGCUCUGUCACCUUUGUGCUCACCUUUCCUUCUUGGUCUGGUGUCUUUCUCUCAGUCAGCACCUGAACAGAAGCAGGCAGUGGAUGGUGCACAUUCCUCGACUGUGCGAAGGCAGAAUAAGGGCCCAGGGUUCUAGUGCGCUGCCAGAGCAAGAUAGAAGAUCUGGAGUGGUCUGGGUUUCUCGUGACCCUGCUCCUGGGCCUCCCACUCAUGCCAAACGCUUACGGCUUGUUCAGCUCGUGAGGGACAGUGGGAGGAGACAUCUAUGCAAGAGUUCCCUUCAAAGCCCUUUGGACAAGGCAUAAGGCGCUUCCCUCAAAUCCUAUAUCCCACUGCUGCAAAUUUCAGAGUGGAGGACAUAGCAGGUAGAAAGUGCUCUACCUAGUUUGGAGGUGUUUCUGCAGGCUGCUGCAGCCUAGUCCUUAGGAGCAAGGGCUGUCCCUCAGUUUCCUAAGCUUGAGCGUGUCCCCCUCCUUGAGCUUGAGCGUACACAGUUGCCUGUCCCUCAAGUUAGGAUGUGAUGCUUUGGUCUUGGGGUUAAACCAGUGGAGUAGAAGGAGGGCGUUCUCGUUCUCUCAGGCGCACACGAGGCUGUGUGUGAGACGUUUUGCUUCAAGCAAUAGGGUGCUUGAGUUUAUAGGUAAAAGGCUGUGGUAGCAAGGAGGAGGUGUUCCUGCUGAGGGGUAUGAAUCCAGCCUAGCGGAGUUGGCAGCUGUCCUGUGCUGGUGUUUGCUCACCCUGGAAUCUACAGCAGCCUCAACAGGGUCCAGGAAGGGUGUCAGGGGAAGGAUCAUUAAAAGGCUUCGUAUGCCAGCCCCCUUGUCUCCCUGUGAAGGGCAGCAGGCUGCAUGUG